GCUGGGAAAGUGGGUCUCUUUUGCUUUUCCCCAAUUGCUUGGGGACUGCCAUUGACCCGGCGUUGCUGUAAAACUGAAGUCGCCAAGUAAUGAUGUGAAGUCGCCCGCCCAUCUCUGCCACGCCCGGGAGGUUACAAGCGGCGGCGGCCGCUCGGCUGCUGUUCUCAACCUGCCGCCGCUUUAGAGGCUUCUCCCUGAGAGAGUGCGGGCGGAGGAAGGAGGACUCCGAGCCAUUCUUGUCAUGACUAUCCAAGGUAUGAUAAUCACCUGAGAACACUCGUUGCUGCAGAUGCCAUUUGACUCAUCAGGAAGAAAUCUGUUUAAAAGCAACUACCCAUACAACCACCAGACCCAUUUUUGUGUUGAAUGGCUUGAUGGAUUUCCUUUACUCUAAUUUACACCAAAGCUGCCCUUUUCAACCAAAGCAAGAAAGGAUCCUGCAUGAAUCAAUCCCAGAAUGCCAUUUUUACAUCACCAGCGGGUGAAGAAAACCUCAUGAAUAGCAAUCACAGAAACUCAGAGAGCAUCACUGAUGUCUGCUCCAAUGAGGAUCUCCCUGAAGCUGAGCUGGUGAGCCUGCUAGAAGAACAGCUACCCCAGUAUAGGCUAAGAGUCGACUCUCUCUUUCUAUAUGAAAAUCAAGACUGGACUCGGUCCCCACACCAGCAGCAGCAUGCAUCUGAUGCCCUCUCUCCAGUCCUUGCUGAGGAGACUUUCCGUUAUAUGAUUCUAGGCACAGACAGGGUGGAGCAGAUGACCAAAACUUACAAUGAUAUCGACAUGGUUACACAUCUCCUGGCAGAGAGGGAUCGUGAUCUGGAGCUAGCUGCUCGUAUCGGACAAGCUCUAUUAAAGCGGAACCACGCCUUGUCUGAGCAGAAUGAGGCCCUGGAGGAGCAACUGGGGCUAGCCUUUGAUCAAGUUAAUCAACUGCAGCAUGAGUUAUCCAAGAAAGAUGAGUUACUUCGAAUUGUCUCCAUUGCUUCUGAAGAGAGUGAAACUGAUUCCAGCUGUUCUACACCUCUUCGGCUCAAUGAGUCCUUUAGCUUAUCUCAAGGUUUGCUGCAGUUGGACAUGCUGCAAGAAAAGCUCAAGGAACUGGAAGAAGAAAAUCUGGUUCUUCGAUCCAAGAGUUCUUUACCCAAGUUUCAUUUACUUAGAGGAUCACAAACUCUGCACCACUGGCAGCAGCUUGCUCAACCAAAUUUAGGAACCAUUCUUGACCCACGACCAGGUGUUAUCACUAAAGGCUUUACGCAGUUGCCCAAGGACACCAUCUAUCACCUCUCAGAUUUAGAAGAGGAUGAAGAGGAAGGUAUCACUUUUCAGGUUCAGCAACCUCUUCAAGUGGAACAAAAACCUACAGAUUCCAAGCCAGUAACAGGGAUCUCUCUACCACCCAUUACUUCUGCAGGUGGUCCAGUUACAGUUGCAACCUCAAACCCAGGAAAGUGUCUCUCAUGCACAAACUUGACAUUCACCUUCACCACCUGUAGGAUAUUACAUCCCUCUGAUAUCACUCAGGUUACCCCCAGCUCUGGGUUUCCUUUAUUAUCUUGUGGAAGUAACGGUAGCAGCUCAUCAAACAUGGCGGUGAAUUCUCCCGCUAUGUCCUACAGACUCAGCACUGGUGAGUCCAUCACCAACCGACGAGAUUCCACUGUAACCUUCAGCAGCACUAUGAGCUUGGCCAAACUUCUGCAAGAGCAAGGCAUCUCCGCUAAAGUGUACCACGGCCCCGUUUCAGAGAGCCCCCUUCUCCAGCCUCUCCCCAAGACCCUGUCCAUCCCUUCCACACCACCAAAUUCACCGUCUCACUCACCUUGCCCUUCUCCUCUGCCCGUGGAGCCCCGAGUGCAUCUCUCUGAAAAUUUUUUGGCCUCCCGACCAGCCGAAACAUUCCUCCAGGAGAGGUAUGGAUUGAGGCCUUCCCGGAACCCUCCUGAUGUUGGCCAGUUGAAGAUGAACUUAGUAGACAGGCUGAAGAGACUGGGGAUAGCCAGAGUGAUCAAGACCCCUGAUGCCCAGGAAGAUGGAAGAAGCCACGGGGCAGAAACUGGUCUUCAAAGACCAGAGUCUGCUGUUUAUUUAAAUUCAGGUAGCAACUUACUGAGUGGCUUGAGGAGGAAUCAGAGUCUUCCAAUCAUGAUGGGUAGCUUCGGCACCUCAGUGUGCGUACCCUCACCCAAAAUGGAUGUCCUGAAGGAGGACUGAGGUUCAGCAGUUAACUGUCCUCUUCACGCACAUUAGCAGAUGAAGAAUAGAUUUGCACUGAUGUAUGUAGUCUGGUCUAACGAGAGAAAAGGAAUGUUGCAGAUGGGUUGUGAACGUGCAUAGAGGGAAGUGGAAGAAGGGAAACAGAAUUGGGAUGAGGCCCUAAUGAGUGAGAUCUAAUAAGUUGAAAGUAUAAUUGAAUGGGUCAUGAGUGUUUGGAGGCAGAAGAGGACGAAAGGUUUACUGUAUUCCUUCAGUUGUGUUUUCUUGUCUUAAAAAUAACAAGUAACUAGAAAAUAAAUUCAGUCAUUUUGAAACAUACGGGAAAUACUAAACUUGCCUAGGACCUUUCUGGGAAGCAUAAACAGGGAACACUCAGGUUAGGAGAUGGGAAGAGAAAAAGAGCAACUUUGUUGUCUACAGAAAGCUGUUCUGGAAGGUUGGGGUAAACUCCGUCUGUUACUGAGACAACAGUAGGGUAGCUUUUAUGUUUUCCCCUGUUGCUAUCUGGUUAAAUUACACAUCCAUCAAAUGGUAUGCUCAUGGCAUUAGCAGACAAGGAAUUUCGUAAGAGCAGAAUAGUGGAGACUCCCUUUUUGCUUUCUGUUUUUAAGACUUGGAGCUCCUGGGAGCCCAAACUUCUUUUGUAUUUGUCAUUAACAGAAGUUCAGUUUUUUCCAAUUUGUAUUUUUAUACAACAUCCAGAAAACACAACCUGUGUGUGAGGGUAAAAGGGAUUUACUUUAAGAAGGAAAUAUGCGUAAAAUGGAACCAAGGAAACUUGUUUUCAGAAGGUUUCUUCUGGAUAAGUGUAGUGGCCAAGGAGUAUGAACGUAGCAAACUGCAUGUCUUUCAAAUUUCCUUGGAGGCUGGACGGGGUUCAAAUGAACGUACAAUCAGUAGGAAUUAGGGAAUGUUGUGUAUUUAUGUCUGUAAGUUCUUUUUAUAAGGAAAGUUGGUUGCAACUAAACUUUUUCCAAAGUGCUAUGCAUAUUUUUAAUGAAAGUUGACAUGUAUUUGCACAAAAAUUCUCAGGCACAUUAAAUUAUUAUAAGCUGAAGUGAAACCCAGGUGCUUGCUUUGAGACUGGUUUUUUUUCAUGUAAAAUAAAAUUAAGACAUAUUUGCCUUUUUCUAAAUAUAUGUAAAAUUACAGGAUGAACUUUUUAAUGGGAGAGUUAAAGCUUUUGCUUUUUUCUGUGGUGGCGUUCUUUUUGGGUUUUUUUGUUUUGUUUUGUUUUAUUUUUCCUAACUGUGUGAAAUAACAAGGUGAAACCAGGAGGAUUAGGUUUCAGCAUUCAGCGUUGUGAUGCAAGGCUGUGACCUGGGAAGAAACAGAUCUGUUUUCUGAGUGUUGCUGAUCCUCAUCAGAUGACAGGCUUUAUCUAGACAGCGCAGUUCAGAAAGAAAUACCAUUAUGUGAAAGGCAUGAUGGAGAGAAGAUGAGGGAGGGGGCUAAUUCUUUUAUUUUUGAAAAAGAGAGGCAUAUGCACUUUUUGGUGCUUCAUUUGCAAAUUUUUUGCUCCUUUAUACUGACUUAACGGAAUUUUCUGAAGAAUUCUUAUUAAGAGUCUUGCUCCUAUGGUUCCCACCGAUACACUUAUCCCAGGCCAGAGGAGGGUCCUUCCUCUCUCCUCUUGAGGUGCCUUUCAAGAGCUAUGUGCUCAAAAGGGUAGAAAAACAACAUGCAUGCAGUGGUAAGAAUGUGAGCGUUUUCCACGCUUUUUAGAAUCUUUUAAUAAAACUUUUCUAAGUCAAUUUCUUUAAAACAAAGUGGAAGUACCCUCUUCCCUUCUCUGUCCCCUUCGCUCCGUCAUGCUGAGUCAAUAGACCUUACACAUAUGUGUUCAGAAAGGAUUCCCACUGAAUGUAAAUGUCCCUGAAUGUGGUAGGCAUUGGCCGGAAGAAUUCCUGAUGUUAUAUUGUUUCCCAAAUAUCCCAAUUAACUUCUUUUUUAAAUAGUGUUUGAGUUUCUACUUCAUAAAGUAAUUCUGGGGUGCUUAUUUUAGCCAAUUCUUAAAGCUUUAUUUAUUUUCUUAAGAAAAUAAUCUUCCUGUUGUCAGUUUCCAAGAGACAUCAGGAAGCAGGAAAACACAGGACUAGAGAGUAGUACAAAGUGUUAAAUUGUCAUAUUUAUGGCUAUUAUAUGAAUAGCUACAAAUUAAGCUAGAUCUUGGAAUAGUCUAAUUAGUAUACUUUUCCGUAAGUGAUGCUAAAAUGAUCACUUUAGAGGAAGGGCGAGGGCGUAUUCAUAGCCAAAUAAGCACGUUCUACCAGAAGCAGAAUUGUAUACUGGCGCAUGCUUAGCUCUAGAAAUGAAUCCUGUUUAGAAUUGGGUUUUGCUGGUUUUUGAAGUUUCCACCUAAAAUCAUUUUUUAUAACAGCCUGAGAAUCUCUAUUAUCACAAAUUUGUGUGCAAACUAUAGUCAGAAGUACUGGGGCCUCAUAAUAAGUUCCUCCUCCUCGUAUCUGUUAUGCUUUAAUACUGUUCACAUUUUAGUUUUUCUAUAUCAACUGUGUCCAUAUUUUUAUGCGAGUAUAGGAAACUCCAAUCUUUUUCUCCUUCAAGGUUUUCAGUGAUUACACCUCAGGUAUUUCUGAGCAUCCUAUUACAUAGUAGGAGGAAUACCUUCGUAAGCUCAGAAUUAAAGGUACUCCUGAAUAUGCUGAUCCCAAACUUAUGUAAAUAACCUUAGGCAUGCGUCUUAAGGAGAAGUUAAUAACCAUUGUUAAAGUAGUUUUUUAAAGUUUUGUAUUAUAAGUCCUUUGUUUGACAUGAAAGAACAGACUUUUGCAAAGGAAGGAAAUAAGUUAGGGGCAGCUCCCAAGAGCAUCUUCUCUCUAAAGGGUGUAUUUUAUACAGCAUUCAAAGCCAGUUACUUUUUCUGACAAUUCUAGUACGUAAUUAGUACUACUUGUUGGUUACUAACGUUGACUUUUGACAUCUGGAACGAGAGCUGAGUGAUGGUCUGCUCCUUUGAUGUCAGUUGCCAGCAGGUCUGUACUCCAAGUGCAGCAGACAGGCAGUGUCUACACUGAGUGCUGGCUUUGCAGAGCACAGCUACCUAGGAGUGGCAGGGUGCCCUCUGGGGCAGCCAGGAAAACCCUGUUUGAUAUCUGGGGUUGAUUUUGUCAAACAGCUCUUUGUUGCACCCACCUUUGCUUUGUCAAAUGUAAAUCAGAUAAUAAACAUGAAUAUCUUAAAUUUU